AUGGGGGCUCACAAUAGAUUGCAUGACAUUGAGUGUUUAACGCCUUUAUUAUCACCGUUUGUGUCCAUAAGAAGAGUUAACCUUUUAUUGAAUAGCGAUGACAAAGAACCAUCGUUUCCGGUAAUGUCGGGCAGAAAAGUCAAUAUUAUCGCUAAUGUGACCGAAAGAGUGUCUCCGGCUGUAGUGGCCAUCAAUUUGAAGGGAAGUCUUCAUUUUGAUCCUGAGAUGAAUGUCUCGGAUUCGUCCGCAUCCGGUUUUAUAGUCCACCCGUCGGGUCUCAUACUAACCAGCGCUCACGUCGUGGCCAACGCUUCGGUCGUUUCGGUUACAUUAUUUGACGGCCAAAUACUGACGGGUCGGGUGGAGUUCGUCGACGCGACACUCGAUUUGGCAUUAGUUAGGCUCGAGACCAGUGCCGAGACCUUCCCCUACAUAAAACUGGGCGACACUUACAACUCAAGUAUCGGCGAUUGGGUUAUAGCGAUAGGAAAUCCCAAAUCAAUGAUGAAUACAAUCAGUGUUGGAGUGAUCUCUUCGUUGCGAAGAAAGUCGCGUGACUUGAAUUGGGACACACCUAUGAAGGACAUUGAUUUUAUCCAAACCGAUGCGGCCACUAAUCCGGGCAGUUCUGGCGGACCUUUGCUUAAUUUGGACGGCGAGGCCAUCGGCAUUCAUAAAGGGGCUAUGGAUGGCACGCAUGGCAUAGCGUUUGCCAUUCCCAGCAAUUAUGCCAAAGAAUUUAUCGAAAGAACGAAUCGAUAUAAACAGGAGGCAGACAACGACGAGAGCGCCGGGACAUUGUCUAAACGGAAUCGAUAUAUCGGUAUAUCUAUGUUAUCGUUGACACCGGAACUGAUCGAUGACUUGAAAUUACGUGACAAUUCCCCGAAUGUGAAGAACGGUAUACUUGUAUGGAAAGUGAUGGUGGGCUCACCCGCGCACCAAAAAGGUCUCAAACCGGGAGAUAUUAUAACACAUAUCAAUCAUGAAAUGGUUUCAUCCGUUGAAGACGUAUAUAAAGCUCUGGACAGUAAAGAAGGGAUCGGUUUUUAUGUCCGCACAAACUAUAGAUUUAUGAAUAUUGUUAUUAGACCACAAGCUAUUACUGUAUAA